AUGACGGAAGGGUGGAAGUCAUUGAGAGCGCGAUUUGAAAAACUCAAUGAAAAUCAUCAACAAGACGGCAAGAAUGAAUUAAAAUCCCUUCAAUCACAAAAUCCAUCCAAGCUUGGUGUAUUUCUCUAUAGAAAUAGGAACCAGGAUAUAUUUUCGAAUGAGGAAGAGUUAAAUAGCUUGGAAAGGAAUUAUCAAGCAAUUUUAAAAGAGACUAGUAAUGAUAUGCAAAAGAACAAAUCACCGAUACAAGCAUUGGAUAGAAUUUCCAAAAGGUACUCAAAACUUCGCUCUCAAGUUGAGUCGAAAAUUACCACUUCUACUCCACAGAUUCAUUUUAAGAGGUUUAAGGCUGAUCAUAGCUCCUUCUUUUUCUCUUACACUCCUAUUCAUCCUAUAAUUGAGGAAAAUAAUGAGAAAGUGGUAGAUGAAGAACAAGAAGAACUUGCUGAGCCUUCAACAACUUUUGUCGAAGUCCAUGAAAAACAACUUACAACCGAAGAGUUAACUCCAGAAGAGAUUGACGAUGAUGAAUUUUACGAGGAAUAUGAAGAGUAUGAAGAACAUCCAGUAGUCUCUACUUCACCAAUAGAUGUAACUAAAACAAUAAUAUCAGAUAAUAGUAAUAUUGAGGCACUUCCAGAAUCAUCCCUUAUUGACACUGUAGAAGAAUAUAAAAGCUCCGAACUUCCCAUCAUUACUUCCAAAGAAGAGCAGAUCAUUGAUACUACUCCAAAUAGUGUUGAAAUAACAACCACAACACUGCCAACAAGUUCAGAGCCUGAGGACCAUGUUGUUGAGUUUGAAGAAGAGGAUUAUUUGGAAACCUUUGAAGAAUAUGAUAUUGAGGAAUCACAUGUUGUGGACCAUACCCCAUUAUCACCAACAAUUGUAACUGAUGAGGUGUUCCAAACUUCAAAUACCAUCGAAUCAAUUCAAGAGACUACAUCAUCACCAAGUCUUGAACCUGCAUAUAACGAGGAAAAUGCCACAACACCAUGUAGUGAGGAGGUCAAAACAAAUUCAACACCCACUAUAGUAGAAAAAGAAAUUGUUUCUCCUUCGAUUGAGGAUAAAACUCCUCUUCAACAACAACCUGUAUUUGUAGAACAACCAAUUGACGUAAAUUCUUUGGAAAUUGUGGAAAAGGAAAUCACCACCAUUACCUUAAAGUCAUCACGUAUUGAUGAAAAAGCACCAUCUUCUCCCAAAUUAGAAGAGAAAACUUCUCCCAAAACUACUAAAACCAUUGAGAAAUCUCCUGAAAAACAAUCAAUUGUCUCAACUCCUAAUGUACAUGAAAGCAAAGAAACAACCCUGAUUUCUUUAAAACCAGUUGUGGUAAAAGAGGAAAAAUUGCUAGAUCCAUCAGUUCCAAUCAAAGUUGAAGAACCAAAACAAACAACUGUGAAACCUCUUCCAAUUGUUACCAAAGAUAAACUAGCAGAGAUUCCAAAAGUUGUUGAGAGUUCUGAGCCAAAAGCUCUUCCUGUUCCAGUUGAGCCAAAACAAGUGGUUGUGGAAACUCCAAAGGUUGAAACAAAUUCUCAAACAAGUACGUCAUUUACAAUUUUGAAUACUCAAAAAGAAACUACAACCACAGUGGAAGUUAAGCUGAUAACAGAACCAGAGAAACAGAUUGAAAAGGAAACCGUUCAACCAAUCAAACCAAUCGUCGAAAUUAAACCUCUGCCUAUCUUGAAAGCAUUGCCUCAACAGCCAAGUCUGCCUGUUGUUGAUUCUCCAACAAAACCUCUGCCUCUUGUUCCAAAGAAGCCAGUGAAGGCUCUACCAGUGGUAUCACCAAAACCAAUAGAAGUUGCAAAGGAUGUGUUUGAAGUUCAAGCGUCCACUUCACCUGUCGAUUCAGAACCAAUAACACCAGUAGAACCAGAGUCAACACCAACUACAGUUGUAGAAACAAAACCAGAUCCAGUUUUUGAGAAAAAGGCAUCUGAGCCAACCAUCUCCAGAACUGCAUCAAUAAGAUCAUAUUUUUCCUCAUUUCUUUCCAAGACUCCAAAAAAACCAGAUCCAAAAGUGUCACCACUCGAGAUAAAAGAAAUAGAAACACCAAUCGCCAAACCUCUUCCAGCCAUUGCAAAAAUGGUGAAAGAAGAAUCAAUUAAGGAAGGCGAAGAAAGUGAUGAUGAAACAACAGAACAUUCUGUUGUAAACAUUGAUGAUUUUUUAUCAGAAGGUGAGCCAGAAUCAAAUAUUGACCCACAAUCAGUUCCAAAAUCAGAAAAGGAAGAUAUAAUUGAAGAGGAAAAGAUAUCUGACAUCAUUUCUACCCAUGAAGAGGAGCCGUCCAGCAGCGUUGAUGUUUUAGUUUCUGUAUUAGAGAAGCAGGCUAUGGAAAAAGGCAGUGAAGGAAGAAAAGUAUCAAUAACAUCAACAACAGAUAGCCAUUCCAGUAGUGGAGAAAGAUCUGAUUCAAGAAAGUCAAAAAGAGCCAAUAGAAAGAAAACAGGUUCUUCUCCUCAUCAACAAGAAGCAGGAGCUUUGCUACUUCAAGAGUUUCUUGAUUCUAAUCCUUCCUCAAGAUCAAGUAGCACAAAGAAAGAAGCCACACAAGAAUUGGCUCAGGAGGUAACUGUUGAGCAUGCAGUUCUUGAAGAUUUCAUUGGAGAAGAUUGCGCCCUUUUGUCAACAAUUUCUGAAACAAAUACUACAACAUCAAAUACUCUCACUCAUCCAAGUCCUUCCAGAUCAGACAGUGCUCACAACGAAACAACGCCUCUUUCUUGCACUCCCAAGAGUCUGUACGACCUUUACUCUCCAAUUACACCAAAAAGAAAAGAAAAAAUGUUUGAGAACUUUGUGGAUCCUUCCACUUUUCCAAAGGGAUGGGAAAAACCAUACACUUUUCUCUAUACAGAAAAACCUCUCAUGGAACAUCCUCUUCUUGAUAAGUUGAGAAGAAACAUUAUUGAUUUGUUGACUAGUUCAAUGACUGAGGAAACAAGAGUGUCUGGAAUUGUAAAUAUUAACAGAACCUCUCCUUUAUUGGCACCUUUAGUUCACUCGAUUUACUCUAUACUUACUAACAGAACCAAACCGACAAUAUUCAAAUCUGAUAGGGAUUUAUGUACCAUUUUUUCAAAACUUGAUAUUGUAAAAAAGGAAAAGAUUGUUCAAGAUUUUCUUGCUUUUAAGGAAGUGAGAAUUCUUGACCCUAAGAAAUUGAAAGAGAGGGACUUACUCUUUAUUCAAUACCUUUUACAAAGCAAGUUAUUAGCAGUUUGUACAUAUGAGCUCGCUCUCAAUCAAAAAUACACAGCAAUGUGUUUCGAAGAAACAUCCAUAAUGAAUUUGGAAGAAUACUCACCAACCAUUUUUGCUGUUUUGAAUUUAUUGAAGAAACAUUUCAAUUUUGAACUCAAGUUUGAAUUUGAAUUGUCUCAACAAGCAGGCGGUUCAAAAGAGGAAGGUACUCUAAUCGCAACCUUGCAAGGUAACAUUAAGACGCUUUUACAAUACAUUAUUGAAAUUGGAAAGAAUGAAAAAAUUCCAAUCAAUGCAAUUACAGACGAGUCAAAAAAUCAUAACAUUGGAAAAGUUGUCAGAAGUUUAAUAAUGUACAUUUUAAAGUCAAUCUUAAUGGACAAGUUAAUUUCUGAGUCAAAAUGGAAGAAUUUUGCUGGUACUCUUAUUUCUCAUCCAUGGCAUUUAAUUACUGCCUGUGCUAAGGGUGAGUUAUCCAAAGUUGGUAUGAAUGUAAAGACAGGUUAUUCAUUCGACAGCAUAGUAUUAACGAUAGAUUCUACUGUAAAAAAGAAGAAUCAAACAACCAAACAACAAUUACUUGAUGACAAAUUCUUUAGUUUUGUGGUGUAUUGUCUCAAUUAUCAAAUUUUGACAGAUGCUUUGAAGUUCAUUUUCAAAAACAUUAUGAUCCUGGAAAAGAAUUAUAGACCAGACUCUAUUAUGUGUGAUCCUGUGCAACAGGAUCAUAUUUUGACCAUCCUUACUCCACUCUCAAAGCUCAGAUUCACUCUCAAUUUUUAUUAA